GAGCAGUUAGGAGAGAGAAACUGAGUCUCAAAGCGAACACGCAAGCUCUUUCUCUCUCUACAUGCGAUCCUGCAACUGCAAAAUACUCAACCCAUGUGAGAGAAUAACUACAGUACACCAGGAAGGGGGAGAAUAACGACCUCUCUUUCUCUCUUAACAUGCAACCUUUGAACACCAAGCACCAUCUCUCCUACCAUGUUUACCACCAUUGUUACCCUUCUCCCCUAAAAAAAUGGAGCAAAAACCAGAUCCAAUUCAAAUCUCGCCGGCAUCAUUUCAUUCAAAGAAAACCCAUUAGGUUUCAGCCGAUUUUGAGCAGGAAUACGGGAGAGAAAACGGAAGGAAUACAUGCUUUUGAAGAUGAAAAGUAUAUUGUUAAUGGAAUUUGCAGGCGCCAAGCAAUUCUCAAGCCAUUGCUCGCUGUGGGUUUUUGUUUUUUGCACUCCAAAGUGAGAGCAGAGGAAGCCCCAUUAACUGGUUCGGCUACAAAGCAGGAAAGCGAUCGGAAGGAAGCUCCAUUAACUGGCUCCACUGUAAAACCAGAGAGCAAUAGAAAGGAAGAAACCUUAAAUUCAAGGAUAUAUGAUGCCAAUGUAAUUGGGGAGCCUCUGGCUCUUGGUAAAGAUAAGAGCAGGGUUUGGGAUAAGUUGCUCAAUUCUCGAAUAGUUUAUUUGGGGGAGGCCGAGCAAGUUCCUGUUCGAGAUGAUAAGGAUCUAGAAUUGGAGAUUGUAAAAAAUCUCAGAAACAAAUGCUUUGAGCAACAACGUCCUAUUUCUCUGGCUCUAGAGGCUUUUCCAUGUGACAUACAAGAGCAGCUGAACCAAUAUAUGAGUAAAAGGAUUGAUGGUGAAACCUUGAAAUCAUUCGUUCCUCAUUGGCCACCUGAGCGUUGGCCGGAAUAUGAACCACUUUUGCGGUAUUGCUGUGACAAUGGAGUACGCCUUGUUGCUUGUGGAACACCACUUGAGGUUCUAAGGACUGUUCAAGCUGAAGGUAUGCGAGGUCUAUCUAAAGCAGACCGCAAUAAGUAUGCACCACCUAAUGGUGCUGGUUUCAUAAAUGGUUUUACUUCCAUCUCUCGAAGGUCACCAAUCGACAUGAUUUCACCAAACCCAUCUCUCUCUUUUGGUCCAAGUUCUUAUCUAUCUGCUCAGGCUCGAGUCAUUGAUGACUACACGAUGUCCCAAGCUAUCACUCAGGCAAUGCAAGAUGGUGGAUCAGUGGGUGUUCUAGUUGUGGUAACAGGGGCAAGCCAUGUUUUAUAUGGUUCAAGAGGAGUCGGCUUGCCUGCUAGAAUUUCAAAGCAGCUACUGAAAAAGAACCAGUCGGUUAUAUUGCUUAAUCCAGAAAGGCAACACAUUCGAAAAGAGGGAGAAGCACCAGUGGCUGAUUUCCUUUGGUAUUCAGCUGCUAGGCCAUGUAGCAGGAAUUGUUUUGAUCGUGCUGAAAUUGCUCGGGUGAUGAAUGCAGCUGGUAGGAGGCGGGAUGCUUUGCCCCAGGAUAUUCAAAAGGGACUGGAUCUUGGUGUGGUUUCACCAGAAGUAUUGCAAAGUUUUUUUGAUCUAGAGCAGUAUCCUCUUAUUUCAGAACUCACUCACCGAUUUCAGGGUUUUCGGGAAAGAUUAUUAGCAGACCCCAAAUUUCUUCACAGGCUAGCCAUAGAGGAAGCCAUAUCAAUAACAACCACUCUCUUAGCACAAUAUGAAAGGCGCAAAGAGAACUUUUUCGAAGAGCUUGACUAUGUCAUUACUGACACACUUAGGGGCUCUGUUGUUGAUUUCUUCACCGUUUGGCUUCCUGCCCCAACACUCUCUUUCCUUAGUGUUGAUGAGAACGUCACAACACCUGAAAAUCUAGAAAUCUUGAAAGGUUUUUUUGGGUCUAUCCCUGAUAAUGCUUUUCAAAAGAGUAGCAUUGCUAAAGACUGGAACUUGAGUCAGAGGUUUGCAUCGGUGCUCAUUGGGGGUCUGAAGCUCACCAUUGUUGGGUUUAUAUCAAGCAUAGGAGCUGUUACUUCGUCGAAUAUGUUGUUUAAUGCUCGUCGUGUUUUUAAUCCAGCUCUAGAAGUGACUGUCAAGCAAAAACGAUCCCCAAUCUUCAAGACGGCGCUUGUAUAUGGAUCUUUCCUUGGAGUAUCGGCAAAUCUCCGUUAUCAGGUUAUUGCUGGCAUUGUGGAACAUCGGAUUUCGGAUGAGUUUCUGUCUUCCAAGCCCGUUCUGGUUAAUAUGUUAUCAUUCGCUGUGCGCACAGUGAACUCAUAUUGGGGAACUCAGCAAUGGAUAGAUCUUGCAAGAGCAACAGGAAUACAAACGCGUAAUAAAAUUAACGACCUCCCUUAUGAAGCUCAGGACAUUCCAGUUCCCUCUACAUUGGAAAGCAGUGCUGCCCAAGCCAGCAAUGUUGAAGAAGCUAACAACAAUGCAGGUGACAAUUCUGUGAAAUAAUAUGCGCAAAUUUUGUACCAAUGCCACUUGAAAGCAAAGGGAGAAAAUUUAAGAAAUGUAUCUAUAACCCAUUGCUAAGGGCUGUGAAAAGGUCGGGUCUUUCCUUUUUCUUUUGAGGGGUUUGGAGGGGAGAAAGAAAAAUCUGUAGCGUAAGAGCAGUUAAAAAGUUCUCAUCAGAAGAAAAGUCGGUCGAGGGUUAAGAUAUGCUUAUGAUGGGAUAGCUUAACUUAUUUCAGUCACGAGAUAACAUGCCUGGCAUUAGCUCUGGUCAUUUGUUGAGGCAUUGAAGGUAUCUCUAAUUGGUUCAUUUUAAAGAGGGACAUACAACUAAGAUCGGGGUAAAGCAAAACCUACAGAAAGAGAUCAGAAAGUGCAUCGGAGGUAUGUUGUCCUCUCUGUCUCUCUCUCAACAUCACUGCUUGAAAGAGUUUCAAACGGUGCAGGUGCAUCAAUUUAUUAAUUGAUAUAAAUAUGAAUAUUUUAUCAUGACCACAACAAAUUCUUUUUGAUUAGGUAAAUCAAUUGCCGAUAGUGUGAAUGUUGUUUCCUUUAAGUUUCAUAAUUAUGUUUUUUGUUUUUGUUUGUUCAGUUGCCAUCAGAAUAUGGAUUUGUUUGUUCAAUAGCCGUCAGAAUGGGCCUUGGUUGGGUUUAGGCCAGUUCUGUAUGACUUGAGAAGUUUUAUUAUUCUUAUGUGAAACUGAGAUGGUCUUGGGCA